AUGUCUCUGAAGCAGGAAAUCGAGACUUGGGUGGCAGCCCUAGGUGCCUACGACAACAACGAGUUUGACGAGGCCCUGAAGACGUUUGACCAGAUCUCGGAUACCUCCAAGAUCCUGUUUAAUUGCGGUGUCAUUCAUGCGACGCUCGGCGAGCAUGAGAAGGCGGUCGAUUGCUACCAGCGCGCUGUGCGGCUGGACCAGUACCUCGCCGUCGCAUAUUUCCAACAGGGUGUCUCUAAUUUUCUCAUGGGUGAUUUUGAGGAAGCGCUUGCCAAUUUCAACGACACGCUUCUGUAUCUCCGCGGCAACAACAACAUCGACUAUGAGCAAUUGGGCUUGAAGUUCAAGCUCUAUUCUUGCGAGGUCCUCUUCAAUCGCGGUCUUUGCUACAUCUAUCUGCAGCAAAAGGAUGCGGGUGUGCAGGACUUGUCUUUCGCCGCCAAAGAGAAGGUGGUUCCCGACCACGACGUGAUUGACGAGGCCAUCCGAGAGGAGGCAGAAGGCUACACGGUGUUCUCUAUUCCUGUCGGUAUUGUAUACCGCCCGAACGACGCAAAGGUCAAGAACUUGAAGACGAAGGACUACCUUGGAAAAGCCCGUCUCGUUGCUGCUUCCGAUCGGCAAAACGCUUUUACUGGGUUUACUGGCUCGGAGAUCAAGAAGAUGGCCAACUUAGCCAAGGACGACCGGCCCGAAGAGAAGCUUUCUUUCGCUGCCACAAACCUAGUCAAGCCGGAGCUUCAGAGCAGAGCGCGACAGCAGUCUGAGCCGCCCAUGAACCGCAACAUGUUCCCUCCAACGCCACCACCAGAGUCGGACAACCGCCGGUCUGCUGAGAAAAAGGCAGAUUCAAAUGCGCCAAUGUCCCGUGCACAGUCUGUUCGUGGUGGUGGCCCGAAGCCACAGCCUCUGAACCUCGGACGCGCUGCUUUCGACCGUAGGGAUGACCGCAAGGACGACCGCAGAGAUGACCCGCCACAGCGGAGGGGAACCCAACGAUCUGCUUCAGAGCGUCCAGCACCCAGUCGACAAGAGUCCAUGCGCAACCGUGAUAUGGAUCGCCGCGACGACCGUGGUAUGGGUGGCAGGCGUUCGCGUGAAGCGCCUCGUCGCCGAGGGUCAGAAGAGGAGGACGACUAUGCUGAUGAUGUCUACGACAUGUACCAAUCACGUGGAAGCCGUUCGGGUUACGGUCGCGGCUCCAAAGGACAAAGACGUCCCGCUUACAUCGAUGAGGAAGAAGAGGACGAUUACGAUGGAAGCGACGUUGAUGACGCUGACUUCGAGAUGGUUUCACGUUCAAAGACUAGGAGACGAUCACCUACUCGCUCUGCCACAUCCUCCGGUCGUGGUGGCACUGGCGGUAAAAUUAGGGUCAAAGUCCACGCGGGCGACACGCGUUAUGUGUUCGUCACGCCAAAUUCGUCCAUGCGAGACUUCGUUCAGUCCAUCCGCGAGAAGUUUGGCAUUCGGCAAAACUUCAAGGUCGAGAUCAAGGAUGAUGGCGAUAUGAUCACCAUGGCAGACGAGGAUGAUCUGGACAUGGCUAUUGAGAAUGCCAAGAGCAUGGCUCGCAAGGAGGGCUCUGAUACACCAAAGAUGGAGGUAUGGCUCACCAUUUUCCCCUCUCAAAACGCAGAUCUAGCACCUCUCACUACUUCUAUCUCGGUCUCCCAGUACUAG